GCGAAGCGUCCCAUUUGACGCGCGCGUACGAUGUUAAGUGUUUGUGAAUUUGUGAAUAUUAUUUUAUAGUGAAAGUGAGUGAAGUAAAAUGAGAAUUGUCUCUGGACUCCUAUUGAAGCCGUACAGUGUUAUGUCAAAGAGAACCUAUAGGUGGACAAUAAAAUGUUGUAGUGUGUUCUGACAGCGGAUUUAAUGAUUGCUUAUUGCCAUCUAGAGGUUUCAGUCUGAAUUACUGGAAGCGUUUGGAAGAGAUUAAAACUUCGGUUGAGGAAAGAAGAUAGAAUUUGAAUUAUUCUUGGCUAUAGCUAACUAUAGUCUAAAAGAAAGAGAGUUUAGAAGAUAUUAAUUAUUCGUUGGAGGAAUGUUAUACAACGCAAGGUUUAUUUAAGGGUGAAAACUACCAAAAAAUACUGCGACGCCAUCUGUUGGGAAGAUUUGAGUUUUUAAGGAGAAAGUCCAUAAAAUAUAGAUUAAAAAUAAACUACGACCCUGGGACGAGGGUUUUAUUAGAUAGAACAUCAAUGAACAUUCAUCAGGAUAUAAAAAAACACAUCGUCAAAUUUGUAAUAGCGCCAUCUAUUAUUUAAAGUCAACAACAAGAAACAUUUCAAGUCUAUAGAGUAUAGAGGCUGAAGUCAUAUUGGAAGAUCUGAGUAAAUCAUACAAACGUGGCAGGCAAUCUUGAAUAUUAUCUAAUUGCAGGGGGAAAUUUAAUCUAAACCCCUUUUCAAGUAGGUAAUAAGCCAAAAAGGUGAGACUAUCUUUAUUUGAAAGUUUUGGCGCGCAAGUGUAGAAUUGAUUAUUAUCAAAUGCGCCGCAAUAUUUUCAGUUCAGGUUGACAAGUUUCAAGUUAGUGUACAGAGAGACAUAAGAUGCGCUGAAAUAUAUUUAAAUAGUGUCUCGAUUUUUAAAAAUAAAUUGAUUUUGACAAGUGAAGUUCACAGUGAGGCAAAAACAAAACAAAAGUCAUUUUUAAUGAACAUGAACUUUGUUGAAUACUUGAGCAGAACCACUUCAAUAGUGUCUUAGUGUAUACAGAGGCAAAACUGGACAAGAAUACCUGAAUAGCCUUCUUAUUAGAGUAUUCAUUUUGAAAGGGUAAACACUUGAAAAAAUUUACCUUAACCAGUGAAGUGCAUUGUGAGGCAUAAACAAGUAUAUGGAGAGAACGACGUCCCCUGUAUGACACAAGAGCAGAACCAUUUCAAAAGUGACUUAGUGUUAACGAAGGCAAAACUGGACUAAAAAUAGUCUUGUCAGUAGAGUAUUGAUAUUGAAAGGAUUCUGUAAAAUACUUGACGAUUGAUCUUAAUAGUGAAGUGCAUCGUGAGGCUAAAAGUAUACGGAAAAGUCAUCUGUAUAAACACUAGUUCAACACUCGAGCAGAAUUAUUCAUAGUGCUUUAGUGUGUACAGAGGCAAAGCUGGACUAAAUAGCCUUGUAAGUGGAGUAUUGAUUUUGAAAAGAUACUUUUGAAAACUUGAUUGAUUGAACUAAGAGAGGAACACGAUUCAAGGAACUACUUCCUGUUACAAAAAUGGUUGAAGACACAACUCAAAACGGGGAUAGGAUGUCUGCAGCUGCCGUGCUGCAAUUCGCAGCUCGGGAAGCAAGAGAAGGCAGGCGGUUAGCGGAAUUUGGGGCCCAAGCAUUCGCGAGCAUCACCUACAACGCUUAUGCAUCCCUCGGUGAUAUGGGUGGCAGUGGCAGCUCCUCCUCAUCACACAUGUCACCCGGGUGGCAGGUCAACGACCUGGAUCUGGAUCUACCUGGAGAGUUGACUAUGAAUGAGGCCUUGCUUUCCCUGCCAUCAUUGUCAGUGUUCAAGCAAGAGGCACCGUCUCCAACUGGGGCCGUACUGUCGCCCCCACGUCGGGCCUGGCCCCCGAGACGACAGAAUGAGAGACAGAUCACAAACAUGAUAGUUGAUAAUCGCGAACCGAUGGACGAAGCCUGUCAGGAGUCACCGACUCAUAACCUAAUGAGUCAGCAUUCUGACAGCCCAGAAAGCAUGCAGUGCCAAACAAUGGCGCCCACCAUGAUGGAUAUGAGCGGAUACAAUUCGCCAAACGAACAUGACAAUAAAAAUGCUGGGUUGUUAAUGUGUUCUCCCAGCGCGUUUGACGGCUUCUUGCAGUCACCUGUUCGCUCUGAGACCAGUUAUAAGGAUGACUCAAGAUUUCAGUACGUCCUGGCUGCAGCGACGUCUAUUGCCACGAAACAGAACGAGGAAACGUUGACAUAUCUGAACCAAGGACAGCCUUAUGAGGUUAAGCUGAAGAAAUUGGGCGAUCUAUCGCAUUCUAAAGGAAAAAUAUUGAAGAGUGUGAUAAAAAUUUGCUUCCACGAACGGAGACUUCAAUAUAUGGAGAGGGAGCAGAUUGCGCAGUGGCACGCCCAAAGGCCCAGCGAGAGGAUUAUUGAGGUCGACGUCCCAUUGUCGUACGGCGUGUCGCGCGUUGAGCAGCCGUCCGCGUUGAACGCUUUGCACGUGUAUUGGGACCCGACUAAGGAUGUUGGCGUGUAUAUCAAGGUGAAUUGCAUUUCCACGGAAUUCACAGCAAAGAAACAUGGCGGCGAGAAGGGCGUGCCGUUUCGUAUACAGGUUGAGAGUUAUUUGGCGAGCGAGGAGUCAGUUCGGCUACACGCGGCCGCCUGUCAGAUUAAGGUGUUCAAAUUGAAAGGCGCAGACCGUAAACACAAACAGGAUCGGGAGAAGGUCAUGCGCCGUCCGCCGUCUGACAUCGAGAAAUACCAACCUGGCUGUGAGGCAACAGUUCUCACUACGCUCUCAAAUGAUGCUUUGAUGCCUCCACCGGUUGUUACAACAUCACCACCAUACUCUCCUGAAUUGUGCACACCGAAGGUGGCAAGCCCUGGACUGAACAAGCCUGUGCUGUCUCAACCAACUAUCAUCACAACAAAUCAGAUGAAAGCCUUGUACUGUCAAGAAGCCCCCGAGGUUAAAGUGCCAACACCGUCAUGUCUCUCGCCAGGCGCCAUCUUGCCCGAUCUGCCGCACCCCACAGAUAAUGACACUGACAAGCAUAACGGUCUCUCGAAGGAGGCAUCGUCGGCGGACACGCAAGCAUGGCUGAACCGGCACCGUUUCGCCCAACACGCGGCUACGUUUAGCAACUUUUGCGGGGCCGAUCUGUUGCGUCUCUCUCGGGACGAUAUAAUACAAAUUUGCGGGCUUGCUGAUGGUAUACGACUAUACAACGCUCUUCAUGCGAAACGCAUCGAACCACGCCUAACAGUAUACGUAUGCGCUAGUGGUUCAAAUAUAUACAGCGCGUUGUACCUCGACGCGUGCGCCGCCAGCGAAUUACUCAUCAAGCUGAAGGGGCUUUUGCACAGCGCUGCUGCCAAGGAAUGCGAAACAGUACUUGUGUCGGGACCGAACGGCGCAAGAGUACGUUUAACCGACGAACUCGUACGACAUCUCCCGGAUUCGUCCACUUAUAAACUCGAACAUGUGGAAAACUCGCUUCUACUUAGUCCAACUAACUAAAAUCGUGUUGAAAUUUCGCGGUAAUAAUUAACACAGGAUAUUACUGAGAUUUUCGUAAAUAACGGUAAUAGCAGAAAUAUUACGGCAAAACUAUUGUAGCGUCAGUGGUAAUUAUCCGGAUAAAAAUGAUUUGAAAAUUACUUAAUUUCACGGUAAUAGCAGGAAUAUUAUUGUAAUGUAGUUAUUAAAAAUACUUGGACUAUUUUCAUAGAAGUUAUUGCUAUUGUAUUACUGUGAAUACAAUAUUAUUACUGAAAUAUUACUGUAAUGUAACUUUAUGAAUUACCUUGCGACAUACGUAAUAAAUGUCAAAUUCAUUUUGGAUAUUAUUGUACCAACUAUUUACAGGCGUUUCUGUCAUACCCGAUUUGAAGGAAAGAGACGGCUAUACAUGGAUAGUUAAGUGAUAGGUUUAAACUUUAACUCAUAAAUUGUUAUUUUUAAGUAUUUUAAAAUUAAUAAUCACCUCUAUUUAUGGACAAUUCUCCACACGUCAAGAUUAAAUGUCAUUUUUGACAUAAGACUAAAAAUCCUUAGUAUAUUAAGAAUUUUUAGUCUUGUGUCAAAAAAAUUUGCUUUUCCACUCAAGAAUUAUGACAGAAACAACAAAUGACGGUAUAACUUGUCACCUGUCAACCUUUUAGAAAUGUCUAUUUCGGACUUCACAAGUUCAGUCAUAAUGUUUGCGCUAGAAAGUCAACUACAACAAAGUUAUAGACUAUCCAAUUGAGUCAAAGUUAUAUAAAUGCUAGAAAUGUCUACACUACGAAUUGUGUCGACACGAGUCCGCGAUUUCGUAUUAGACCAUUUUAAUAAGGUGUCCAAUUGAGUAAAUGUCAUUUUUCAGUUUCCAGCUGUCAACUGUAAAAUUGUGUCAAUAUAAAGAAGUGAGGAAUUAUCCAUAAUUGUUUUUUUAUUACUGAAAAUUGUUUUACUUUCUGGGGACCAGUCUUCACUUAGUUUUAAUCUAGUUUUUAAGUUUAUUAAGAUAUAUCAUAAAUAUUUUUGAUUUUUAGAAAUAUAAAAAAAAUAUCUUGUAUUGUAUAAUGGAGAUUAGAAAAAUAUGAUGGGUUACCCAUUAUAUUACUUAUGUCUAAACCUUGUUAAUCAAUCAGAAGAAAAUAUAUUUUUAAGUUACGAAUUGUUUAAAAUGUAGAAACUGGGACCAAUUUACGUUUGGUUUACUGGAGUAUAUUUAACAAUUUAUUCGGCGUGUUAAGGUGUUUAGGAAGAUUGUGCCUGGAAUUGUGGAACUAGCGAUUCCAAUGAUUCCUUGGCUUAAUUAGAGAGGCGACGCUUUAGUUGUUGUGUAGUAACAAAAAAAUGUGUGCGUGUACUAGUGUACACACGUAAGAAGUGAAACCUCUUUAUGACUUUAUUUUUCGAAAAUUUUUGAAAAUGAAAAUAUAACGUGAAAAAAUUAAAUAACAAUAUAAAAAACAGUGCGUUGCGGUAAGCCUGAAGUUAGUUUUCAGAAGUAGGCAAACUUCAGAAACAACAAAUCUUGCAAAUAUUCAAUAAAUUGGAUCCAAAAUAGCCGGACAAGAAAAAGAUGGCGCGUAACGGUAAAAUGCGACGUGUACGCGUACGUAAUUCUAUUCUAUUUUUCUAACGUCAAUAAAGAGGUUUCACUUAAAAAAUGAGGGUAGUUUAAAUUUUUGAAAGUAAUCGGUUUUUAACAUUAGCUAACUUACGCGUCGUGUUUCCACUUUUAAAGGCCCAAGGAUUUUGAAGGUCUUUUUGGUUUCCUCCAGUACGAGAAUUAGUGUUUCUGGAGUUCUCGUGCCGACGAUAUUAACUGAUUACUUUAAAAUCCUACCCUACCCACAUUUGUUGUAAUUUUCUAAACUACCCACAUUUUUGUUUCAUUUGUCUAAGUGUUCCUAGAACUAACUAAUUGUUAAUUGUUGCCUACUAUAGUUUGUACGUUAAGUGUAUGUUAUAUUGAAAGCGGUGCAUAUAUUAGAUAAUAAUAGUGGCAUAAGCAUAUCAGAUCGUUCUAAGUAACGACCAGAUACGCUUAUGGCAUGAGUAGUGCUUUAUUUGUGUCUAGAUGUCGACAGUCAAAUAGGCUUGGGUCACUAUAAGUGUUUUAAAGCCUAUAUGACCCAUAUGUUAGAAUACUUUACGGUUAGAUGAGUUUAUAGCACUUUAAGCCAGUAAGUGUUUGUCUUUAAUUUGAUUCUCGAUAGUCAAAUAAGAUUGAGCUAUUUUGCCAUAAUUUCUAUUUAAAGUGGAAGGAUAGGUGUGGCACCAUAAUGUUAGAUCACGCAUGCGCGUUGCGAUCCGGAGUAUUAAUGUUUUAAUUUAUAAGUAAUACAUGUAUUUUGUUAAAAAUAAAUAAAUUGUAUGUUA